AUGGCUUCAAACGCGCAGGCCGCAAAGGGCAACCAGGAACCCCUCGGAGCGCCAGAGCCGUGGACCGAGGAGCAGCUGGAGGAGGCCCUGGAGAAGCUCAAAUUGCUGCAUAUCAAGUCUAGAGAACUCCGCACGACAGUCCCACGCAUGCUCGAACCGCUGGGCACAAAACAUGCCUCCCGACAGGAUGCGCUCACGUCAUUCCAAACUUCCAUCGCCAGCGCCGCCACCGAACUUCGCGACUUCCGGACCCUAUACACGAGCGAUGAGAGCAAGAAGGUCUUUGACCAAGCCAAGAAGAGCCGCCAGGCCGAGCCGAAGGGUAUUAAGCCGUGGAGGGCACGCGAUCAUCCUGGAUGGCUGGACUCGGAGGAGAAAGGCCCACAGUGA